AACCCGGAUGCCCGCCGAAAUGUUUGACCCCGACCGCCCUAAACUAAACCUUCCUCCUCUGCGCUUCCUGGAGUUGGCGCACUUUGUUGCUCCCUCGCAUCUCUCUCUCCUCUCUCAUCACAAUCUGUUAGACCCUAAUUAUCUGAUCAAACCCCCAAAUCCCAAAUCUCCCAAACAUCCACCCACCCUCACACCCAGACGAAUACUAAGCUCGCCCAAUGGAGGACUCGGACGGAGUCCUCAACUUCGACUUCGAGGGCGGCCUCGAUGCCGCCGCCACCGUCUCGGCCACUGCGGGCCCCGCCAACACGGGCCCAGCAUCUAAUUAUUCCGUGAUGCAAUCAGACUCCGCCGUCACCGGGGCCGGCGGGGCGGGCUCCAACCAGGCUGCUGUGGCGCAGCAGCCCAAUCAGAAUGCGAACCGGAUGGGUGGGCGGAGCUAUCGCCAGACGGUGUGUCGUCACUGGCUGCGCAGCCUUUGUAUGAAGGGCGAGGCCUGUGGGUUCCUCCACCAAUACGACAAGUCGCGCAUGCCCGUGUGCCGCUUCUUCCGGUUGUAUGGUGAGUGCCGCGAGCAGGACUGCGUGUACAAGCACACUAACGAGGACAUCAAAGAGUGCAAUAUGUACAAGUUGGGUUUUUGUCCAAAUGGUCCUGAUUGCCGGUAUAGACACGCAAAGCUGCCGGGACCUCCACCUCCAGUGGAAGAAGUCCUUCAGAAGAUCCAGCAUUUGAAUUCUUACAAUUACAACAACUCAAAUAAGUUCUAUCAACAAAGGAAUGCUGGUUUUCCCCAACAAGGAGAGAAAUACCAACCUGCACAAGGACCCAACAAUUUUGUGGGAAAACCUACUACAGCAGAGUCUGGGAAUGUUCAGCAGCAGCAACAGCUUCAACAAACCCAACAACAGGUUGGCCCCGCACAGACACAAAAUCUUCCUUCUGGCCUAGCUAAUCAGGCAAAUAGAAGUGCGUUGCCUUUGCCUCAAGGAACAUCUAGGUAUUUUAUUGUUAAAAGUUGCAACCGUGAAAAUUUGGAAUUAUCUGUACAACAAGGAGUAUGGGCAACCCAAAGGAGCAAUGAAUCCAAACUUAAUGAAGCUUUUGACUCUGCUGAAAAUGUGAUUUUAAUUUUCUCAGUCAACCGGACUCGACAUUUCCAGGGUUGUGCAAAGAUGAUGUCCAGAAUUGGUGGGUCAGUUGGUGGAGGGAACUGGAAAUAUGCACACGGAACUGCGCAUUACGGGCGAAAUUUCUCUGUCAAAUGGUUAAAGCUAUGUGAACUGUCCUUUCACAAAACUCGUCAUUUGAGGAAUCCCUACAAUGAGAACCUACCAGUGAAGAUAAGUAGAGAUUGUCAAGAGCUAGAGCAAUCCGUCGGUGAGCAGUUGGCUUCCUUGCUUUAUCUUGAGCCAGAUAGUGAACUUAUGGCAAUUUCAAUUGCGGCAGAAUCAAAACGUGAAGAAGAAAAAGCAAAGGGAGUCAAUCCAGAGAAUGGUGGUGAGAAUCCAGACAUUGUCCCAUUUGAGGACAAUGAAGAGGAGGAAGAGGAAGAAAGUGAAGAUGAGGAAGAUAGCUUCGGUCAGGUUCCCGGAGCAGGAAAUGAUGGCAGAGGAAGGGGCAGGGGAGGAGUCAUGUGGCCACCUCACAUGCCUCUACCAAGAGGUGGCAGACCUAUGCCCGGGAUGCAAGGUUUUCCCCCAGGAAUGAUGGGUCCUGAUGCAAUGCCUUAUGGCCCUGACGGAUUUGUUAUGCCAAAUCCUUUUGGUAUGGGCCCUCGGGGUUUCAAUCCGUAUGGUCCCAGGUUUUCAGGUGACUUUACAGUGCCCAACCCUGGCAUGAUGUUCCGUGGACGGCCACAACAACCUGGGUUUCCACCUGGUGGGUUUGGGAUUAUGGGUCCUGGACGAGCACCAUUUAUGGGAGGCCCCCAUCCAGGCCGAGGUGGUCGGCCAACUGGUAUAUCUCCAAUGUUUCCACCACCCCCGCCACUAUUAUCUCAAAACCCUAACUGGAUGCCGAAGAGAGAUCCAAGGGGAGCUUCCAGUGAUCGGAGAGGACAAGAUAUGACAGGUUCGGCUGGGGGACCAGAUGAUGAGGCACUUUAUGGUGCUGGAAACAACUCUAGAAAUGAUGACAGUGACAGUGAGGAUGAGGCCCCGAGGCGGUCGAGGCAUGGAGAGGGAAAGAAGAAACGGCGAGACUCGGAAGGAGAUGCGACCUCCGAGCACUAGCAGCUCAGCCACUAACGACGAAACCCGUUUUCUUUCUUCGGCUUACCGGUUUCUGAGAAACGAUCGGACGAGCCAUUCUUGAUAUAUGGAUUCUUUUUGGUGCUGAAGGAAACUUGGAUGUUUAAACAAGUUUUCCUGAUUACAUUCUCAUACUCUGAUGUUUUGUUUCUGUAAUUGUAUACUGCUAAAGGUGAUUAAUCGGUUUGUGAAAACUCAGAACUUGAUAUUCAGAGAGAGCUGGAAGUGUUUUUGGGUUCAAAAACGCACUUGAAUCGCUUUUUGAAAGAGGCAAGCGAUUUUAUUAGAAGUAUUUUUUAGCAGAA